UCAAUAACAGCUUCACUUUGACACAAAACAAUCUGGAAUUGUUUUGAUUUUAUGUGAAUCACUGAACUUAUAAUAUUACACUUUUUUUAUUUAGUUUAUGAGUAAUUUCUUUAAGAAAUUUGUACAGUUAAUGAGUCAUGGCUCGCGCUUUCCUUAUUAUAGAAGCAUUGGAACUUGAAAACCAACGAAAACGAGAAACCCUCCACAUAUCUCGACUUAGAAGUCUUCGAGACCGGCAUAGAAUAGAGAAAAAAGAACAUAAAAUUGUACGGAGGGUAGAGCGUAGUCCAUUAGACCUUUCUGAGACACAAUUUAUAGCCCAUUACAGGGUUUCUAAAAAAAUUUUUAAACACUUAUGUUCUGAAUUGACGCCUCUGCUACCUAAAAAAUUUAGAAGAACUAAAGUUAGCAUAGAGUCUAAAGUAUUAGCAGCACUAUCAUUCUAUGCUACUGGUUCUUACCAAAAGCCAGUUGGUAUGACUUUCCUACAAGAGAUCAGUCAACCUAGCAUAUCUAAAGCUGUCAGAGACGUUACAUUGGCUUUAAAUGAUAUUAAUAUUUUACGAAAGUACAUUCAUUUUCCACGAACACAACAAGAAAGGAAGUUAAUUGUAGAUAGAUUUUUUAAUAAAUUUGGAUUUCCUGGAGUCCUUGGUUGUAUUGAUACAACCCAUGUUGCAUUAGUACAGCCAAAUGAAUAUGAAGAAUGGUUCUUCAACAGCAAACAUUACCAUUCCAGGAAUGUUCAAAUUAUAUGCGACAGUCAAUUAAAUAUUUUAAGUGUAGAUGCAUCUUUUGGAGGGUCCACAUCGGAUGCCGAAAUUUGGGAGAAUGGUCCAAUCAUCACUCAUUUGCGGCAUUUGCACAGAACAGCAGAAUUUGUGUGGUUGCUUGGUGAUUCUGCUUAUCCUGACCAGCCGUACCUUUUAACGCCGAUAGCAAAUGCAGAAGUUGGUAGUGCAGAGGAACACUACAAUGGCAUUCACAGUAAAGCCACGAAUACAGUGGUGCAGUGUAUCAGUGUAUUGAAAGCACGUUGGCGAUGCCUACUAGCACACAGAGUUCUGCAUUAUGAUCAUGAUUUUGUUGCCAAAAUUAUAAAUGCUUGCUGUGUCCUGCAUAAUAUAGCCAAUCAACAUCAACUUCCAGUCCCAGAAAUGCCAGCUGCAGACAGCAAUGCAGAUUUACUUCGACAAAUACAUGAAGAAAAAGAAUUUGUUGAUGAACAAGAGCAACUUGAGAAAGGUCGUAGGCAGAAAUCCAUUAUAGCACAUCGUCUGUGGACAAGUAGGCAAAAUAUAUGUACCGAUAAGAGAUAAUAUAAUAUUAGUAGUAAUAAAUGUGUUAACUAAAUUAUAACUGUUAAAUUAAUAAAAAUAAAUUUUAAAAAAUCCUACACAAAAUU